GGUGCUGGGUCCUGAACGUAUCACUGUAUCAGUCGUUCAGUCGGUGCGGUGGCAGUGUGCAGCGUGUGUCCAUUGCGGAUUUUGUGCGGAGUAACCGGAGUGACUGACAGUGGGGUGAUUUGUUUUCGUUUGGACGUAUUGAGGUUAUAUUCGCGUAAAAAAACGAGAUUGGUGACAGACGAAAAUGGGAUACAGAGGUUUGAAAUGCGGUACAUUCCUGACGUUCUUCGUCGUACUUGUAGCGAUUUAUUACAGAAAAACAGACGACGACUUACAGAAUCGUUUAACGUCGAUAUUGAACGGACUUGAGAAACUCGAAACUAAACAUACGAUAUCGGUUAAGCCCAAGGUUGCCCUUGGUUACGGUGCUUGCACCGAUGUAUAUAUCGACGCUAAAUACUUGUUGCAUUAUUCUCCAAAUAUUGGACAACCGGAGCAUUUUAAUGAGAUUAAGACUGAAAAAGAACUCUUGAAGAGUUUUGCAUAUUAUUUCCGACACGGAGCCGCCGCCGAGCGAUAUAUGACGAAUGAAACAUUAUUCGAUGAACUCGUAGCAAAAGCAAGAUCAUUCCCAUCGUCUUAUUCGUCCAUUGGCGGCAAUGCCCCUAUCAUGGCUCUUAGAUUCGCCAAAGAAGGAUGUGAUGUUGUUAUCGCUUCCAAAAUGACUAAAUCAUUGCGUCAAAUGAUUCCUGAGUCUAUAAGAGUCGUUGGAGGUGAAGUAGAUCAUGACGAUAUCCAUCUUAUUUUGGAAUAUAAGCACGGAGAAGUUUGGGGGCCUUAUACAAGCACCAGGGCCAAUAGAUAUAUACUUCACAAUGACCAUAAUAAUCCAACAUUGAGCUCGCUGGAAGUUUUUGAUACAGAGUUGUUAGAUUUCCAACCAGACUUGUUUGUAGUUAGCGGACUGCAAAUGAUGGACAAUUAUCCAUUCCCAGAAGGUAUUCGUCGAAGCCGAUUAGCCCAGGUGCAAAAUCAAAUGAGAAGUCAGCCGUUAACAACGAGAAUACAUUUUGAAAUGGCCUCGAUUGCACAGGAAGGCUUACUUUUCGAUUUACGAGACUUCGUAAUUCCAUAUGCCGAUAGUUUGGGUAUGAAUGAACAAGAGAUUGUUAAUUUAUACAAUUCCAUGUUUUAUGGAAACAUUUCACUUGUUGCCGACGCGACCCCGAGAGUUGCCGAAAUAUUGGAUUACAUGAGAGUACUCUACAAGUUAAUUAGAACCAGGAGUUCUUCAUUGAAAGAUUCAAGAGAAUUGACAAGAAUACAUGUCCAUACACUGGCCUAUCAAGCAAUAAUGACUGUGAAAAAAUCAUCGUGGAAAAAUAUGAUGGCUGCUGCAGCGAAAGCUUCGUUAACUGCUCAUCGUCACGUGUGCGGAACGAAUAACGUUGACCUUCGUAAAGCUACGCUUAUAAUGGAUGACAGUUUCUCAACAUCGAUAAAUUCCGGCACUCGAAUACCGCUAAACAGUGAAAAACCGGUAUCUUGCUGGGAUGAAUUAAUCAACAUUCAGAACGAUAAGAUAAGCGUCGAAGUUUGCGUAGCACCAGUUUUAGUUUGCACCGAAGCGAGUCAGACUGCUGGUGGUGGGGACAACAUCUCGAGUGCUGGGCUUGUUUUGCAAAUAUAAAACGAAAAGAAAAUAAACAUAUCGGCCUAACGAUUUUUUGCUAGAUUUGCGGUUGCGAUUUUCGCAUUCAAACACCGUUCUACUCAUAGAUGAAAGUAAGCCUUGCAAAACUUGCAUUUCUUCCACAUAACGAAACAAAAUCAUUCCAAAAUUGGAUGCCUCAUCCGCCAAAAGUGCACGAUGACACUCAACAAAAUCGAUGAAUUUAUUAGAAUUUCGUUUUUUCAAAUAAUUUUUAUUUGGCUGAAAAUGUUAAAUCACGAAGUCUAUUUAUUUGUAAGUACGUUAUUCGGGAUAACCGUGAAGAAUUGUCAUUUUUCGUGUAUAAGUGACGAAAAAUGUUACAGAACUUAAUUAUUUGUUAUUGAGUGACGAGGAUAAAUUUUAUCAAUGUAAACGUGUUUGAUAGACGUUCAAUAGCGCCACUUACGUGCCAUACGAAAAUAUAAAUAUUGACAGACGAUACGACUGACGAAUCGUAAAUAAAAAAAAAAAAAAUCACAUCGCGGAAAGACGUGUCUGUUACAGAGAUCGGUUGAUGUUGUAAUGUGAUAUGAUUUAAUUAUAAGCCCACCAAGCUUCAAUCCAUGUACAUGUUUUUCAGAGAGUUUAAAUUGGUUUUUUAAAGUUGCUCGAUGACAAAGAAACUCUCGAUCUUUGCUGACUUAAUGAUAAGUCGGAGAAUUUAAGUCACACUCGCGUUCAUUCCUACGCUACACUUUUACUGCCUAAUUAAUCGAUCAAGCUCGUAAAUAUAGUGAAUGAAAAGAACAAUACUCGAUCUUUUUAUAACUCAUUAAAUUAUUAAAAAAAAACAAUGAUAAUUCAUGCAAAAUGGCUCGGCAGAAUUAUUGUAAAAAUCAUUAUGGUUUUGCAUGUUUUUUUGAAGCGUAUGACGCCCUGUUACUUAACUAUCACCGAUGCAAAGCAUCAUUGAAGUCAAUAUAUAUAUAUAUUGAAAAGACGAACGAAAAAAAUAUAGGACGACGGCUCAAUGCUGAUAUCAUCGAUUUUUCAUUCGGUUUUAAUAAAGUUUAUGAUAUACAUGACUGUUAA